AUGCAUUUGCAUCCUUUGAAGAACACAAGGAAGCAAAAAGGAGUAGUCACCAAUAAUGCUUCAAAUUAUGUAAAAUCCGGUGCACUUAUUUCAGCCAAGUUUUCUACUAUCUUUUGGACACCAUGUGUGGUUCAUACUUUGAACCUUGCGUUGAAGAACACAUGUGCACCAUCAUUGAGCACAAGAAACAAUGAAGUUGUAUAUAAAGCUUGUUAUUGGAUAAAGUUUAUAAGUGAAAAUGUGACGUGGAUCAAGAAUAGCAUUAUGAACUAUGGAGUGAGGCUUGUAAUGUUUACUGAACAUUGUGAUCUUAAGCUCCUUACAAUAUCUUCUAGAAGUGUGAUUAGAGCUGUAGAUAUUGAUAACCUUCUCUUCAUCUAG